CCCCUGAGUCUUAUUCUCACCGCCAUGGGCUGCAUUCAGAGCAUCGCUUGUAAGUCUCGUAUCAAACGCGAGAACAUAGUUGUUUACGACGUAUCUGCCACUAUCGACCACUGCCCGACAGUGAUCGAGGAGAAUUCGCCUAUCGUGCUUCGUUACAAGACACCGUAUUUCAAGGCCUCUGCCCGAAUUGUAAUGCCGCCAAUUCCCAGAAACGAGACUUGGGUUGUAGGAUGGAUACAGGCAUGUACACAGAUGGAAUUCUACAACACUUACGGUGACAUCGGAAUGUCGAGCUGGGAGCUGCCGGAAUUACGCGAGGGUCUGGUGAAAGCCAUAAGCGACUCGGACGGAAUCAGUUACCCCUGGUACGGUAACACCACGGAGACGGUGACGUUGUCGGGCCCCAUAUCCAAGCCGUCGCGUUUUGCCGUCAGCAUGAACGAUAAUUUCUACCCCAGCGUGACGUGGGCGGUCCCCAUCAGCGAAAACAACGUCCCCCUACUCACGCGCAUCAAACGGGACCAGAGCUUCACCACGUGGCUGGUGGCACUGAAUGUGGGAACGCGGGAGAAGAUCCUGUUACAGACGGUGAAGUGGCGAAUGAGAGUGGACAUAGUCGUUGACCCCUCCAUGCCUUUAGGCUCCAGGGCCAGGCUCACCGGACGCCCGUACCAGGAGCAGCCUCGGGUUCUGACCCGAAUGGAACCCAUACCCCCCAACGCCAUGGGUCGCCCGAACGCCAACGACGCCCAAGUGCUGAUGUGGCGCCCCAAGAGAGGGCCACCGAUAGUGGUGAUACCGCCCAAGUAG